AUUUUGACGGUGGUGGCGGCCGCUCGUUUGAGUCUUUGUUUGGAUUUUACUUGUAGCGGGAAUGGCGACGCCAACAACGGCCGUCUCUAGGCUCCACAUGGGGAAACGUCUGCGGGAAAGUGAAAUUUUGGCUUCUUCCCUGGUUAAUAGUGUGAAUCAAGCACUGGGAAAGCUACUAGAUUUAUGGAAUGCAAUGGGAAUUAGCAAAGAGCUGCAGCUUGAACGCAUGGAGGCUGCAAAGUUGCACAUUGAGACGCUAUUGAAUGAAAUGAUUGAUGAAGAAAGCAGUUUGAAAAACAAAAUUGAAAAUGACAUUGAAAUUCAGAAAAAUCAACUGAAUGUACUCAGAUACCAACUUGGUCUGGAUCCUUACAAGGUUGAUGAUGGCUUAACUAUCCUUCAAUUAGAGAAGGAAUAUCGGCUGGCAUUAGACAGUGCUCUUAAAGAAAAAGAGGAGAGGCUGGAGAAGUUGACUCAGCUACAGCGAGAAGAUCAGGCAUUAUGUACAGAGCUUUGUGUAGUCCCUUACUACAUCCCUACUGGCAGUAUUCCAAAUAGCACAGAGCUGGAAGAAAUAAAAGAACAUAUAACAAAUCUUCUGAAAGUAAAGGAACAAAGAUUAGAAGAGUUUCAUAAACUGAGAAGAGAAAUCAGACUAUAUAGUAAAGAAAUUGGACACACACCUGAUGGGACACUGGAAAAUAAUAUAUUAUGUGAUGAUGAAGAAGAAGGAUAUAUUUGUCUUACAAAAAAGUAUCUUGAAGAUCUUCAGCAGUUUGUCAAUCAGUUGCAGAAGAAGAAGUCAUCUCUAAUGGCCACCAAGGACGUCCUGAUGAAACAAGUUCAGCUUCUAUGGGACAGACUUCAGUGGCCACAAGAAAAGCAAGAAAGGUUCACGAAAAUGACCAACCAGUGUUCCAUCUGUGAAGCCACGAAUAUGUGGGAAGAAGAAUUACAAACACUGGAAGAGGUGAAGAAGGAGAAAGUUAAAGAAAUUAUUUUGAAAGUCAGGCAAGAUCUUGAGAGCUAUUGGCAGAAAUGCUUUUAUUCCGAUGAACAAAAAGCUGCGUUUCAGCCCUUUUAUGAUGACAAUUUCUCAGAAGAAUUGUUGUAUCAUCACGAUGAAGAAUUGAUCAAAAUAAAAGAGAUUUAUGAGGAAGCCAUGUCUCUUUAUGACGGUGUUCAUAAAUGGGAGGCUACUCUGGAUCGCUUCAUUGAACUGGAGAAAAAAUCAACAGAUCCAAGCAGGCUCCUAAACAGAGGGGGUAAUCUGCUCAAAGAUGAACGCGAAAGAUCGAAGACUCAAAAGCAGUUGUCAAAGUUAGGAGAAGAAUUGAAGGAAAAAAUUGAAAAUUGGGAAAAGGAUCAUAAUUCAGAUUUUCUAAUUAGAAGCCAGAGGUUUCUUGAUUACAUGACCCAACAGCUGCAGCAUUAUAAACUUAAAAAAGAUCAGCCCAAAACAUCAGUGAAGCGGGAGGAAUAUACAACUCCAAAAGGAGCUAUGAAAAGAUCUGCCCAUGUGAAUACUCCAACUACAAACAAGAUACGCAAAGUAGCCUCAAACCUAACUGUACUUAAAGCAUCCAGUUGCAGUAACAUAACAACCAAUUUUGCUGUUCCUAGUAAGCAGCCAUUUCAAAACAAAACUCCUUCCAAAAGCACACCUCUAUAUUCCCUGCACCAACCAUCAUUAGAAGAGUGCAAGAAAAGCAAAUCUGCCAGCCAACCUAGUUAUUCAGAUUUUCUGAAGGAAUUUGCAGUUAAAUCAAGCAUCAACAACAGAAUUUUGAAUUCCACGCUCAAAGAGAAUUUGGAGGGAUGAGCCCUACUUGAAUUCUUCUCUUAUAAAGCUCAUCAAGUCAAGUCA